AUGGGAAAACAGCUCGUGCUCUCAUGCAAGUGCACCGAACCCCUCGCUCUCCACCACCUCUUCCUGUACGGCCAGCAGUGUCUUGUCAUUUCCUCCCUCCGCCUCGCUUCCGUGCGAGUUGCCUACCUCAACGGCCCUCCCAAAGACAACCGCUCCCUCAAGGACGAAUAUUCGUCCUACCUGGACCCUCUCGAAUUUUCCCUUCAAGUUUCACCUGAACUUUUGCCUGACAGGGAGAGCGUGCACCACCGCAGCCCUGCUGCAUUCUCCUGGGCUGAAUGGCUGGCCCCUAUAGCGCCAACAGUGGAGGUGCUUAUAGUGAGGCAUGGGGUGCCUGUACAGGAGGUUGAUGCGGAAUGGAGCAGCUUGCGCAGCCUUGGGAUUGUCGUGGAGAGAGAGGAGCGGUUUGAGGUGGAUUUGAAGGCUGAGAAGCGUCGGGAUGAUGUCGCUGAGGGGUACAAGUCGCUGAGCGUCGAAUUCUUCCUGCGCCAGCGCCACCGCCUCCGAUCCCUCGCGCUCACCUACACAGACAAGGAGCAGCUCGAAGACCUCGACUCGCCACUCCGCCGGCCCUUCACUGCCCUCACCUCCCUCAGUCUCAAGCUGCGCAUCUGUGUCGACAAAUCCGACAGGUUUGAAGACGAUCCAUAUAAGGAUUAUAAGGAUGAAGGGGACGAAGAGGAUGAGGAGUCCUGGACCCACUCCUUUGACUGCCCGGCUCUGCAGCGGCUGAAGCUCGGCCGGGGCAAGUGGAGUCUCCAGGAAGGCUGGGCUGAGCGGUUCAAAUCGCUGCGCAGCUUGACUCUCAAGCACAUGGAUUGGAGCUACGUGGAUAUGAAGUAUUUGGGCGUGGUCACACCGCGGCUCACGGAAUUCGUUCUCUAUCAUAGCUGGGAUUUGGACCCCCGAACCUCAGGCCUCAGUGGCGGCGGCACAUUCACUUUCAACUUGUCAAACGCUCAAACCGUCCGCUUUUACUUCCCGCACAGCAGCCUCACGCUCUCCCUCACCCUCUCUCGCUCGCUCAAGGCUUUUUCAGCCAUGGCAAAACAGCUCGUGCUCUCAUGCAAGAGCACGGAACCUCUCGCUCUCCAACACCUCUUCCUGGAGAACGUGCACCGCCGCAGCUCUGCUGCAUUUUCCUGGGCUGAAUGGCUGUGCAAUAUAGCGCCAACAGUGGAGGUGCUUAUAGUGAGGCAUGGGAUGCCUGUAGAGGGGGUUGAUGCUCCGUGGAGCAGCCUGCGCAGCCUUGGGAUUGUCGUGGAGAGUGAGGAGCGGUUUGAGGUGGAUUUGAAGGUUGAGAAGCGACGGGAUGAUGGUGAGAGGGAGGUUACAGUGGAAGACUUCCAGGAGCGCAACCAGAGAGUCAUUGUUCUGAGGCAACGCAUUCGUCUCCGCCCACUGUCCAUCCAUUCCCCCAUCUAUUCCCCUGGCUCUCUCCUUGCCCUCCUUCCGCCCGUGUCUGCCUGCGCGCGGUCCUGUCCCCUCACCACUGACGCCAUGGGCGGUCCAGCGGACGGGCUAGGACUCGGCGCGGAGGUCAACGGGGGCGCGGAGUCCGUCGCGGAUCUCCUCGCGCUUCCCCCCGACGCCGUUCCGCGUAGCGACCUUUUCUUCCGCCUUGCGCGCGCGCAUUUCCGCGCAGCUGUAUCCGCCUCCGCGGGCGGUUCCCCGAACCCCGCGGACCCCGCUAGCUCCCCCGCGGGUGGCGCAAAUGACGCCUCGGGAGGCGGGGAUGUUAACGACAAUAGUAGCGACGAGGCGCUCGCUUUAGACGUCGUCCGAAACGCGAUUCAGCCUUCAGAGCGGCCCGAUCACGUUCCGUCCCUUAUUCUCGCGUCCGUGAUUUGCGCGCGGCGUGACACGUGGAGCGAGGAGGGCGUGCGCUACGGCGAACGCGCCGUCGAGCUCGCCGCCAGCAGCGGCCCGCAGCGCGCUAAGGCGCUCCACGCGCUGGGAGUUAAUCUCCUGCUACACUCGCGCAGCCACGAUAUCUCCGCGACUCGGCGUGAGCUGAGUCUUAAACGCGCCGUCGAGUCGCUAACCCAGGCGUCAGAAGAUGAUGCCACGUCAGCAGCUGUAAUGGUGGAUCUCGCGCUCGCGUUGGCCGAAGAGCGCCACGUCAGCGAGGCGCUGAAGGUCGCGAAGCGCGCGCUGAAAGCCGGCGGCGGACAGUGGCUGCUGACGUGGCAGCUGCUUGCGCUGCUGCUGACGUGUCAGCAGCGAUUCAAGGACGCGGAAGACAUGUGCCGCGUGGGGGAAGCCGCCAUGAAGAAAGCGGGGGGCGCGGGGGGCGCAGGGGGAGGGGGAGCGGAUGGGGGGGAGAAAGGGGAGGGCGCAAGGGCAGCGCUGCUGGUGCUGCACGCUAAGGUGCACCUAGCAAGCGUUGGUGAGGCUGUGGAGAGCUUGAAACAAGCCAUGGCUGCUGUACAGUCACGACAGAAGCGAGGCGAUAUGGGCGGCUCAGUAACGGAAGCAGUGGUGUGGCAGGGCCUGGCGGAGGCGUAUCUGGCCGGCGGGCGAGCAGCAGAUGCCGACCUCUGUGUGGCCAAGUGCCACACGCUGGACCCGUACUCUGCUGACACGUGGAUGGUGGCAGGCAUGCUUGAAGAGGCGAGAGGUUGCCCCGAGGAGGCUCUCGCAUGUUACCGCAGUGCCCUGGCCAUCGACCAAUGGCACGCUGCCAGCAAGGCGCGGCUGGGAGCCCUGCUGCUGCGGAUGGGCGGGGAGUGGCUGCACAUCGCGCAGGUGUACCUGAGGGAGGUGGUAUCUGGUGAUGGGUUUGAUGCGCGUGCGUGGCAUGUGCUGGGAUUGGUGGAGAGAGGGAGAGGGGAUGUGGGUGCUGCUGCAGAGUGUUUCAGGCGAGCUAUGGAAGCGGAGGAGACGGCUCCUGCUGUGCCGUUUAAUACGCUUAGACCGAUCCUGCCGCAACUGCUGCUCGCCAUCCCUCCACACGUAGCCGCCGCCUUCCCCGCGCGGCGCGCUUCAGCCUCCCCCCGCGCGCAAUCUUCCGCCGACGCCGCCACGCGCAGCACCGGCGCGCAUGCGCCUUCGUCCGCCACGGAGUCCCGGGAGUCCGCAGAAGCAUCCGCGCGGGAGGCCGCCGCGCUAGAGGCCGCAGCGGCGCGUGUAAUAACCCUCUCGAGCCGCGAAGAAUAUGACCGUUUGAUGGCGGAUGCUAAGAACAAAGGGCGACUCGCGGUAGUCGAGGUUACUAUGUCUACCCUCCCCAAUACCGACCGGAUUUAUCAUACCCUCGUGGAAACUGCGCGGUUGUUUCCGAACGCGGUGUUCCUGCGCAUUUUCGCGGACAAAAGCGCGGAGCUGCGCGGGUUGGCGCAGAGCAUGCAGUGCGCGCGCGUGCCGUCGUACGUGCUGUUCCGCGAGGGGCAGCGCGUGCACGAAGACGCGGGGAUGGACGCGGAGCGGCUGCGCGCCGAGCUGCUGUACUACUCCGCGGAAGGGCCCGUGCUGGAGGUGCACUCCGCGGAAGAGUACCGCGCGCUUAUUGAGACGCACAAGGACACGGACAUGCUAGUGGUGAUCGAGGCAACGCUCACCUUCUGCGGCCCCUGCGUGCGCAUCCACCAGACCGUGCUCAACCUCUCCCACCGCAUGGCCGGCCACGCUGUCUUUGCGCGCUUCUUUGGCGACUCAGCGGACUGCACGAGGGAUCUGAUCCGCGACCUGGGGGUGGUGGAGGCGCCCACGUUCCUUUUUUAUAGGAGGGGCGAGCUGCUGGGAAGAUACGUGGGAUCAGGCAGGGGGAUUUGGUGGGGGAGAUUUUGA